AUGUUGCAGUCUUCCCAUUCGGACAAACCAUCGGAUUUAGGUGAGCUGAAAGAAAGCUCACCUGCUGACCAGAGACAAUAUUCCACAAUUGCCCCAAAUACUAAAUACACUGGGAGAAGAAUCAGUCAGACUCCUACCAGCAGCUCUGGGCAGACCCAAAUGCAAUCCAUGACUGGUGCCAGCGCUAUCGGUCAUGCCCAGACUCCGGACCAAGACACCAUGAAUUUUCUAGCUAGUGCUGGUAAGUCUCCGCCAUCAAGCAGCGGAGACGAUAGACCAGAUGAUGUUGAGGUGUUCUUGAAUCCUGAUGCUACACUAAUGUCUACUGGUGUUGCCAGUUUCUCUUCUCCGGAGACUUUGUUGAAUCUCCCUUCUCCUGAUUUCGAGUCUUCCAGCAAUAACGCCCCAAGCCGUCAGUCUCAGCCGAAUAUUUCGAGUGAUACCCAGGUGGACGAAACGCAGAUGAUAGGACUCGGCACGUCAGGUAUCGAGAAAUCGGAGCAUCAACCAGGCAUCAUCAUUGACAGAACCGGCUACAUGCAUGUCAUGACCGUGGAGGAAGAAACUGAACGUAACAAGCAGCUGCAACAGGCUGUAAUGGCGAAAAUGAAAUCUGUUCCAGCCAGCCCCGAGUCUUUAAAUGCACAGAAUGCCCAACCAAAUAAGAACAUGGCCAAAAGACCCUGCACAUCCGAUAAACGCCCGCAAUCCGUCGCAUCCCGUCUACAGUCAUCAUGGUCUUCCAAAACUGGGGGAACACUGUCUAAAUGGAAAUGCCGUUCUGAAGUGCCAACAAACAGCCAGUCCCAAAGACCGACCUUGUUCCAAAAGAUUGCUAGAUUUUUUGGGGAACGACGCAUUCAGGAGAGAGCAUGGGCUUAUUAA